CUCCAUUUUGUAUGUUUUUCCUGGAGGUUAGCGCCUACUUUCCUAAUGGCUAGCUGCGAAUCCCCAUAGCUCAGACCACUUCAACGCAGACAGAAUUCACUGCAGGGACUGGAGGACUAAAAAAAAAAACAACAACUCAAAUCAAACACUCAGCUCGUCGGAGGUUGUUUUUAUUAUUGUUUUGUUGUUUUGUAGCGAGAGGAGCAACAUUAACACACACUGAGUCCGCGUUGAGCGCUGUGGACUUCCACUUUCAACCAAAACAAUGUUGACAGACGACCUGUGGACACACACCAACAAACAGUCACCUCAAGGAUGGAUAAAGGUGGAGUGAAGAAAAUAACAUAUAGAAGAGAUGACCAUUUAAGCAAAUUGGUCUACACUGAAAGCCCUGAGGAGGGAGGUCUGUUGAAAGUGGCUCCUCACAGUGCCAUGUCCAUUGCCUCCGCCACAUCUGUUAAUCUUCCAUCCAGCCCGUUGAUGCAGCCAGGACAGGUGCCUAACGGCCUCAGCAACAGCCCCCUUCCAGAGGAGCUCACCUCUGUUACUGCCACUGUAGGCUCCUUGUUGGAAGACCACGAGUCCAGGGGUCUGACCAGAGAUCAGAAACUUCAGCAGCAGUUACUCCAGACGCAGACCUCCACUACAUUCGGGCGCCAAACGUUGAGGGAAAAUUUGCCCCAUUUGGAGGCCAGUAUAGCAGACAUCACCUCCAUGGAUUCACUCAUUGGGGGAUCAGAUCCCAACUUCUUCCCCAUGAAAACAGAGGAUUUCUCCAUGGAUAAAGGAGACCAGGAACCAAUUGACCUUGAUCAUGCUUUUGAGCACAUUGGGAAAGAUGUGGACGUGCAUCAGAAAUUGUUCAGUGACAACGCUCUGGACUUGCUCCAAGACUUCGAGCUCACUGGGUCCCCCUCAGAUUUUUAUGUAGGUGAUGAUGCCUUCCUGUCCUCUCUGGCAGAUGAUUCUCUGCUCGGGGACGUUAGCUCAGAGAGGGACAUAAAGCCUGCUGUGGUUGAGAGUAUGAACGGCUGUGGGGCAGUCUCUGUUUCUCUCAAUGGCAAUAACAUGACGAGUCCAGAUCAGUCCUGCUCCAGCAUAUCCACAACUGCCUCCUUAACCCCUACAACCACUUUGUCUGCAUUGGUGAAGAAAGAAAAAGAUGCUGGCUUCAUUCAGCUCUGCACCUCAGGUGUGAUCAAACAGGAGAAGUCAUCUGCAGGCCAGAGUUAUUGCCAAAUGAGCGGCACGUCUUCCACAGACAUGCCCAACUCUAACCCCAUCUCCAUCUGUGGGGUCAGCACUUCAGGAGGACAGGGCUACCGAUUUGGAGUCAACCCUACUAGCAAUGAAGCUCAGCAGCACAAGGAUCAGAAGCUGGUGUCCAGCAUAUAUCUCCCAGUGACGACCAUUAGUGGGCCCUGGAACAGAAGCCAGGGUGUUGGGGACAACUCAGCAAUGCACGGGGCCAGUGAGGCUUUCUCAAGCUCUUACCCCAUCAGUUUUGCCAGUUCUACCUCCAGACAGGAAGGUGUCAUCGCCACAUCCUCAGCACAGACAAAGAGUGGGACUCAUAAAAUCUGCCUGGUGUGCUCCGACGAGGCUUCAGGCUGCCACUAUGGCGUUCUCACCUGUGGCAGCUGCAAGGUGUUCUUCAAGAGAGCAGUGGAAGGGCAGCAUAAUUACCUGUGUGCUGGGAGGAACGACUGCAUAAUAGACAAGAUCAGGAGGAAGAACUGCCCAGCCUGCCGCUUCCGCAAGUGUCUGAUGGCAGGCAUGAACCUGGAAGCACGCAAAACCAAAAAGUUGAACCGCUUAAAGGGCGCCCAGCCGAGCAACCCGCCCGAGAUGACGACUCCUCCACCAAUUGAGGCUCGUUCCCUUGUACCCAAGUGCAUGCCUCAACUCGUUCCCACAAUGCUGUCCCUGCUGAAGGCCAUCGAGCCGGACACCAUCUACGCCGGCUACGACAGCACUCUGCCCGACACCUCCACCCGCCUCAUGACCACCCUCAACAGGCUGGGUGGCCGGCAGGUCAUCUCUGCUGUCAAGUGGGCCAAGUCUCUGCCAGGUUUCAGGAACCUGCACUUGGAUGACCAGAUGACUCUGCUCCAGUGCUCCUGGCUCUUCCUCAUGUCUUUCGGUCUGGGCUGGCGGUCUUACCAACAGUGCAACGGCAACAUGCUCUGCUUCGCUCCAGACCUCGUCAUUAAUGAGGAGCGGAUGAAGUUGCCCUACAUGGCAGACCAGUGCGAGCAGAUGCUGAAGAUUUCCAGCGAGUUUGUCCGGCUGCAGGUUUCCCACGACGAGUAUUUGUGCAUGAAGGUCCUGCUGCUGCUGAGCACAGUGCCCAAGGACGGCCUGAAGAGCCAGGCGGUGUUCGAAGAUAUUCGGAUGUCGUACAUUAAGGAGCUGGGGAAAGCCAUCGUGAAGCGCGAGGAGAACUCCAGCCAGAACUGGCAGCGUUUCUAUCAGCUCACCAAGCUGCUCGACUCCAUGCAUGAGAUGGUUGGCGGACUGCUCAGCUUCUGCUUCUACACCUUUGUGAAUAAAUCCCUGAGUGUGGAGUUCCCAGAGAUGCUGGCAGAGAUCAUCAGCAACCAGUUACCAAAAUUCAAGGCUGGGAGUGUCAAACCUCUCCUCUUCCACCAGAGAUGACUGUGCCCCGUAACAGACACAAUGCCUUAAAAAUCCCACCACAUCACCUCACCACCCCCACCCUACCCCCCCAACCCUCCCCGAAGAGCGACGAUGAAAUUUCUGAGGAUCCGCGGCGAGGCGUGAAUGAUGUUUUUGGGAGCGAGUAUGCAACUUUGUGUAGUGGGUUAUGGGUCUGGAAGGUGAGAACAGAGAGACUGGAGUCAUUUGUGUAGAAACCAGAGGUUUUGUUGAUGGUAGUGUAUAACAAGUAGGAAAUGUUUGCAAGAUGAACGAUAAUCGCAAAGAAAAGUAGGCUUAACAUCCAUGUCGUCUCAGGUUUCUUACCUUCAAAUACAGAACGAUAUCUAAAAUAGAUAAAACAAAUAUCUAUGUACAGGUUCUGAUAGUAUUUUCUACAUUUUCAAAUCGUAACAGUUUAUACAAUUUUCCAGGUCAUUGUUACCUGGGAAGGUAACAAAGCUUACAAACAUGCUCUUAAAUAGGCUUUUUGACUGUAUGUUCCUCUUUUAGUUUUUAUAGGAGGCUGUAACAAAAUGUUUAUCAGUCACAUGAGGAAAGAAACUGUUUUCCAGACAUGUAAAAAGCAUAUUUCAUUGCUUUAAUUGAUACUUUGGACAUAAGAAGCAAUUCUGUUGGAUUGUUAAUCGACUUGCAACAUUCAAAGGAUGAUUUCUCCCACAAGCUGACCUCUUCCAGGUUUACACACGUCUAUUAUAAAAGGGAAAAAAAUAUGUGCCUUUUUUGCUUCAAAUAUCAUCUUAGCCAUUUCUUCCUACGUGUUCAAGGUGUGCUUCUCUUUAACUCGUCAUCUACCUUCAUCGUAUGUUGAUUGUACCGUUUAUGUAACAUGCAGUGACAAGUUUUCCUUUUUUGUUUUUUUUAAAAUGGCUGUUUAUCUUUAGAAGUGGCAGCUCGGCCCAUCCUCCGUGUGUAGAAAUGAUCCUUAUCAUUAAGAGAGAAGAUUCAGAGCCUGCUUCCUUUCACAUGAUCUCACCGCACACUCAACUCCUCAUGUGCGAUACGAGCACUUUGUACCCUGUAAAGGCUUUAAAAGACUGUGAAGAGAGACUGUUAUGCUGUACCAGUCUUUAGUAUAUGAUUUUAGAUGGGAGGUAGAGAAAAUUGCCCCCACUCUGAUGUUUAUGAUGUUUAGCCCCCCACUCCUGCCCCAAUAAUCUAAUAAUGGAAUGUGAUAGAUACCUGCGUCUACCAAUCAUAGAAGAGAGGGCGUAUUUUAUUGUGUUUUGCGAGUUAAUGUCAUUUUUAAUUAAUCAGGAAAGCUAAUUUCUGUGUUUCUAACACGGCUCAAAGUAGUUGCAAAAAAAAAAACGUCUUUCAAUUUGUUAAGUUCUUUUUACUGUCUGUUUUUUUUUUUUUAAACUAACAAACAGUUAUAAUUUCACCAGUUUUCAGUAUCGGUUUUCUCGUCUAACUCUCGAAAAGAAAGUGAAAAUGCGUAUUUUCCCAAAAUGUCACUUCCUUUUAAAGUGAACAGUUUGUAUGAUAGACAGCUCGUGUAUGCAGCACUUUGGAUCAGACGUCGGCUGAUUCAUUGCCCUGUAAACCUCCCUCAGCUGCUGCUCCUGUUUAAGCCUUCUGCUCCUGUAGACACCUUGUCUUUAACGUAUCUUUAGGAUAUUUGCACGUUUAUAUGCUUGUCUGUUAGCUAGUCAAGCCCCCCCAAUGUAUGAAAGCACUUAGCGUCAGUCACCUCGUGGAGUCACAGUCACAGUGUAGCGUCUCUGACUGGGGAGGCAGGCAAAAUGGAUCCUUUUUAUUCUCUGGGAACUAUUUCAGUGCCAAACUCCUGUUUUGUCUGUUUUCAGUGAUGCUGAAAGUCGGUCAGUGUUUGCAUCCGAAGAGAAAAACACGUCCCAGUAUUGAAGCUCAUAGAUUUUCCCACAACUACGUAAAAAGUCCUGAAUCAUCUGCGCUUCAGUCCGCUAGGAUUGAGGUUAUUAUUAACAAGUGAUACGUGAUCUGUAACACAAGGCACUCAGAUGUGUUGUGUAAUCUCACAGAAUAAUAUAUGUCUGUCAGUAUCCCUUUUCUUUGUGUGUUGUGUAAGUAAGUGGGAAUUUUGAAAUGUGCUGCAACGUUUUAUUCAUCAGCACUAAAAUAAUCCAGGUUGUGACAUGAAUGUGAACCUUUUUUAAAGAGGAAAUAAUUUCUCUCGACAGAUUAAAGGCCAUGCCCCCGCCAAUUUAAAAAUAAUUGGAUAAACGUCAAGUGAGCAACAGCAAAGUGCUCACUGGUUGCAUUUAAAUAUUGAAAAUGUUCAAAUAAUUCUGCUGUUUGUUUGCUAAGCUAUCCCAACAACAAAUAUAAAAGCACUCAUUAUAAAUGUAAAACCGCUCCCAUGCUCAGGUUGUUGAAAUUCGAUGUCUGAUUCACACAGUAUGUUGUUAUCCACGUUUAAUCGUUUAUGUCCUGACUUUAAGAACCAAAAACAUUCAGUUUGGAUUCCUAAAAUGUGUCUGCUUCUGUGGUUUGUGGCGUGUUUUUUUUUUUUUUUUUUGGUCAGGUUCCAAUUCACUUGACAGAUUUAGGAGAAAGUUUCAGAAAUGUGCUGCCACCGUCUUCAUUCACACCUACACUCAAAAAAAAGGCAUAAUUGUUAUUUUUUCUUUCUGAAGUUUAUUCAAAAUAGUUGAAAACCAUCUUUAUUAACUGCAUAGGGGUUACUCAUGGGUUACUUUCACAUUCAGUGUAUCCAAAUCUCUGCUGCUGUUCAUUUAAACAGGUAUAGAUAUAUAUAUAUAUGAAAUUGCACACUUGCCUCUUCUUGCUCAAAAAUGUAUCCGUGCUUUGUUGUUAGUACAUUUUUGAGAAGGACAACUGAAUAUGCAAUAGAACCGAAAGAUAAUCUAUCACCAUCACAUAACAAGAUGUGGUUGCUUCCUUCUUUUUUUUCCAGUAUAAGCUAUUUUCAUACAGUAGAUUCACAUUUAACUUUUAUCUCUGCAGGCCAGAUUUUCAGGAAACAGAUACACUUAGUCAGUUGUCGGUCUAUCAAGACUGCACAACAAAUGCCUAUUUGAUGUUUGACUACAAGGUGACCAAAGCAAGUACAGACAAAUUCAACAUAUGUCAGUGUAAACUAUGUAGCUCCUAAAAGACAAAUGUACAGUUCUUUGUUUCUUUUGUUUUUAAAACACAUUUUUUUACUCUAACAUGAUGGCUUUGGUCAAAUUGUGUAAUACUGUGAACAAGAUAUAGGAGUCAGUCUUUUUCACACACAAACUGUUUGUGAAAGUAAUCAACCAGCUUGAAUCUAAAAAAGGUUUGCACUACCCAAAUAUUGUUUGAAAAUCUAUUUUGUAUAAAACAUAUGCAGACAUUAACUUUUUGAGAAUUAUCAAGGCAGAUCAUGUUUCACUGGUAUAUGGUUUCUCAAAAAAAAAAAAAAUUGUUUUGCUUAAAAUUUUUUAAUAUGUACAUAUAAUCCAUUGUAAAGAAAAUGUGGUGUAUUUGUCUCCAAAUGAUAGUUUUUCUAUACCUACCCUCUGUAUUAUUUCUCCUCUGUAGUGUGACUCGAGUUGAUCUUUUCCUCCAUCGAUUAAAGGUCGAACUGUAUGUCUUUGUGUGGUACUUCUCUAAAAAACAAGGAACUGUAUGCUGAUAUUUGCCAUAUUAACUCCAUGAUUCUGAACAGUGGAAACGGUAAGCCCAUUGUAAGACACGUUUUCAUGAUCACACCGAGCACUUGUUCAUCAAAUAAAUACGCUUUCCCAUCCUGA